ACAUUUUGAAUCUGUUCAUAGGCAAGGCAUGGCUUCAUCUAUCACUCUGAUCGCAGUCUUUUCAAUUGCCCUGUUUGCAUGCAUCACGGAAGCAAGGAAGAAUCCUACGGACUUUUUGCAAUCUGCUCUCAUUAAUGAGCAUACCGAGGACAAUCACCAUGCAGAGUCGUCCCUUUCCAAUCAGAAGAAGACAAGUAAUGGUAACACAUUGAAGGAUUUCGAGUCGAAGCCCGGCUCCUUUCUCUGGGGGUAUCAAGGCAACGACGCUGAGUCUAAGUCUAAGGAGGAGAAGCCUCUUAUGAAAGGCUUUGAGUCGAAGCCCGGCUCCUUUCUUUGGGGGUAUCAAGGCAACGACGCUGAGUCUAAGUCUAAGGAGGAGAAGCCUCUUAUGAAAGGCUUUGAGUCGAAGCCCGGCUCCUUUCUUUGGGGGUAUCAAGGCAACGACGCUGAGUCUAAGUCUAAGGAGGAGAAGCCUCUUAUGAAAGGCUUUGAGUCGAAGCCCGGCUCCUUUCUCUGGGGGUAUCAAGGCAACGACGCUGAGUCUAAAUCUAAGGAGGAGAAGCCUCUUAUGAAAGACUUUGAGUCAAAGCCUGGCUCCUUUCUCUGGGGGUAUCAAGGUCCUCUUAUGAAAGACUUUGAGUCAAAGCCCGGCUCCUUUCUCUGGGGGUAUCAAGGCAACGACGCUGAGUCUAAGUCUAAGGAGAAGAAGCCUCUUAUGAAAGACUUUGAGUUGAAGCCCGACUCCUUCUCUGGGGGUAUCAAGGCAACGACGCUGAGUCUAAGUCUAAGGAGGAGAAGCCUCUUAUGAAAGACUUUGAGUCGAAGCCCAGCUCCUUUCUCUGGGGGUAUCAAGGCCCUCUUAUGAAAGACUUUGAGUCGAAGCCCGGCUCCUUUCUCUGGGGGUAUCAAGGCAACGACGCUGAGUCUAAGUCUAAGGAGAAGAAGCCUCUUAUGAAAGACUUUGAGUCGAAACCCGGCUCCUUUCUCUGGGGGUAUAGCAACGACGCUGAGGCUAAGUCUAAGGAGGAGAAGCCUCUUAUGAAAGACUUUGAGUCGAAGCCCGGCUCCUUUCUCUGGGGGUAUCAAGGCCCUCUUAUGAAAGACUUUGAGUCAAAGCCCGGCUCCUUUCUCUGGGGGUAUCAAGGCAACGACGCUGAGUCUAAGUCUAAGGAGGAGAAGCCUCUUAUGAAAGACUUUGAGUCGAAGCCUGGCUCCUUCCUCUGGGGGGUAUCAAGGCAACCACGCUGAGUAUAAGGAGGAGAAACCACUCGUGAAAGAUAAUUAAUGUCCAGGGAAGCCGCAACUUUACCUCUGAAUGGACUACGGACAUAUAUGUCUUCUAGCU